AUGAGUAUGAUGUUGGCCAGUGCUGCGAGGGAGAUCUACCGCUCCAAACUUUAUGAUAUGGAUAAUUCCAUUGAUCAACUGCCAAGCAGUGAACGAUCAGACACGGAUGGCAGGGUACAUUACGGACGAGCUUUGUCCAGUCUCAGAGAAGCUCUCAAGCAAGAGGUGAAAAGUCCACAGCAAAUUGAAGCUAUAUUUAUCACACUAUGGUUGAUGAUAGAUUACGAGAACCGCUUCGGUAGCGGCGCAUCUGCAAUCAACAUCCAUAUCCGGGGCAUUGAGACACUUCUCCACAACCACAUUGUGCCUUUACUCCAAUGCCACACGCGUCCAGCUGUCAUCACCGACGGCCAAAUCCCUUUGCAGAAACCGGAAGACCAGGUGAAUGGUUUCACUUUGAGCGAAUAUGCAAACAAUACAGACACUUUCACUCUUACGCAACCAGCAGGGCCAAUAGAUGGGCUGGGCGGCACAUGUGUCCCCCUUUUCCUUCUUUGGACUCUCUACUUCUUUACUCCUGCAGCUCUUUUCUUUGGCUCUGAAACCGCCCGGUUGGACACUAAUAUUUUUCGGUUUUUCUUGCGAUCAGAGACCGGAAAUACUGCACUUAGUCUACCCGAAUUAUACAGGCUGAGCAGACAAUCUCCAGCCCGCUUUUGGGGUGAUGGGUACCCCAUGUCGUCUCAACUGGAUGAUAUGGAAAAUCUUCCGGGCUUGACACUGUAUCACCGUAGCCACGUGGUUCAAUUCAAAAUUACAGAAAUGUUCAAACACAGCUCAGGUCCAGAGAUCAGCUUUGGGGAAGGAUCUCCCUACCAGCGGAUCGUCAAGGAGAUCAACACCUUAUCUCUUGAAUACGACACCAUCCUCACCACAGCCAUAAAAUCCUCCUCCUGCGACGUUGCUGGCGAUCGUCGCGUAAUGGAGACUAUCUUCUGGUCAGCCAUCACAUUUUACGGCACAAUUGUCUAUUUCCAUCUCUGCUUCCAGGAUUUUGUAACCAAUCGGCCAGAGAUCCAAAGAUACAAUAACCACAUACUUUCUUUAACAAGUGCAGUAUCUUUAGUUCUUGAAUUGAGUCUGAAACUGCAUCGGAGCCGGCCGCGCCUUGUAGUCCGCAUUACCUGGCCAUUGUUCAUUGCUGGGAUUGCAACUACGGACCGGAUUUAUCAAGACUGGGUUUCUAUUCGGUUACGUGAGCUUGGAAGAUAUGGACAAAAUUAUGAUUUGAUCAGCCGUCGGUUUGAUGAAAUCAGUCAGAGAGGUCACUCUUACUUCCAUGAGAGAAGGGGUCAUUAUUAUGUAGGGGCAUAG